AUGUUCGCGAAUAAAAUUAUUUUAAUAUCUUUGAUAGCCCUGGUGGCAAAGUCAAAAGCACUCAAUUUAGGUGCUAUUCAAAAUUCCAUUUCUCGUCGAUGGACUGUUAUAGUUGAGCUGGAAGAACCUCUUAAGUCAUAUGAAAAAGUUGGUAUAACUGGCGAUGCUGCCUUCCUUGGAUCAUGGUCAACAAGCCGAACUAUCAUGCUUAAUAAAACUGAGUCUCCAACAAAGUGGAUGGGAAGUAUCAAAAUUCCAACCAAUUUCAAAUCUUCAAUAAUGUAUCGAUUUUUUAUUGGAAUGGCGAAUUCCACUGGCGGUGAACUACGGAUUCACAAAUGGGAAACUCACUUGGAUGGCAGAACUGCUAAUUUUAAAUCAGGUAAAAAAAGCCUCGAGACCACAGAUAGAUUUGGUUAUGUUGGAGAUGUGAAAAAAGUUAAUCAAGGCUGGUUGAACAGUGGCAGAAUAGUGCAGUUAAAUAUCUUCAAAGAUCCUUUAAAGCUAAAAAGAUCAUAUGGUGAUCGAAAGAUGUUCAUAAAAGUAACUCCUGUUGGCUACGAUUCGAUCAGCUAUAAUGCAGAUCAAAAACUUCAAAGCUAUAAUGAAUCUCUCGGACUUGCUCACAUUGAAUAUGUUCGCGUUGAAUACGGAAACAGUAAGAUUCGAGUUCAACCAGAUGAUGGUGUUUCGUAUGAAAAAGAUGGCCAUCUGAUCUUCCACAUUACGACAGGCGAUUUGAAAUAUAUCGCAUUUAACUUCACUAUAACGGCAGAAAAUGAAGAAGACCCUGAGAAGAAGGACCUCAUUGCCUAUCAAUAUAUUUAUCCUGAGAAUAUAGAUAGUACAUCCGGCAACUUUCACUUCAAUCUGAUAUCUCCAGUAAACAAUCGAGAUUUAGCUGGAUUUAUUAAACUUGGCUAUUUAGUGAUCAAACCUCUACCUACGCCCUUAAACUUCAAGAAUGCAUUCAAUAAUUACUGGCCAAAGAGUUGGAAAAACUUAGAUGCACUUCAUCGUGGAGUUGGACAAAGUUUUGGAACAGCUGAAAAUGCAGCACCAGUUACCGAAAAUACAAUAAAAACAAUGAAGGAAGCACUAAUUCAGGGUGCUGACAUGGUUGAAUUUGAUGUUCAAUUGACUAAAAACAAUCAACUAAUGAUCUAUCAUGAUUAUGUUACAUACACGUCUAAGAAAGGAAAGAAACCAACGAAAAAAGAAGACCUUACUAAAGUGUUUAUAGCUGAUACAACUUACGAGGAACUAAAGAACCUCGAGACCUAUCAUUUUGUCAAUGAAGAGCUUGUUAAAUAUCCAACUCACAAUGAAGAAACUGAUGAAGAUAAACGUCUAUUUCCAUCAUUCGAAGAUUUACUUACCAAAGUCAAUAAAAAUCUUAGUUAUGAUAUCGAAAUAAAGCAACCACUUUAUCACAGUUUCGAUAAGAAUGAGUACGUUGAUAUAAUUCUAGAUGUAAUGUUACGUAAAGGCUGUGGUCGCUUAAGUAUCUUCUCAAGCAUUAACACCGAUUUAUUAACUUUAAUUCAAUUUAAACAAAAUAUGCAUCCAGUUAUGCUUAUUGGUUAUGCUGAAAAUAGUGGUUUUGCAGAUCCACGUUCGAAUAAUUUAAAAAAUAUGAUAAGUGGUGCACAGGGAAUGGAAUGGCUUGGAGUUCUUCCGCAUUCAUCUUAUUUCUUGUACGACAAAGGUGAUUUAAUAAAAUUAGCAACGGAUUUGAAUGUGGAAAUUAUUCCUUGGGGUGUCCCUGAAACGAAGGAUAUGGUGGAUUAUUUUAAGAAAUUUAAACCAACUGCUGUGAUGUAUGGCCGUGGUGAUGAAAUAAUUCCUGAUUCGAAGAAGAAGAAUUUCUUUGAGAGCCAAAAGGAUAUGCCGGAAUAUUAUGAAAAGCAUUGCGCUUGUAGAAAUGUCACAGAUGAGUAUGUUAAUUAG